ACAUCAAGGCAAAGGAGCUCUUGGGAGUCGGGCCCUUAAGCCUAACCCGCCUUUUUUACGACGACGCGUUUCGCCAACUGGUGCCUCGUCUUCUUCGGGUGGGAAAAAUGCACCUACGACUCCUGGAAGUGAGACUGGUGCAGCAUCUUCGUCAGGUCUGGCACCGACUGAGAGACAAGCACCGACUGGUCCAGCACCUGCAGAGCCAUGGGCGGACGAAGCACUGUUAUGCAUUAUAAUUUCUAGAGCGAAACUCAAUGAAAACUGAUCGAUGUUGUACCUGACAGGAAGGUAUCUUGGAUCUUCUUCGAGUGUAAUCAAUUUCGUAGGUGUAUAACCAAACAGAUAGUGUCACUAUAGAUAUCACUGUGAUAUAUACGUUGUCUUUCACUUUGUUUCCUCUUCAUUUUGGUUCUCUAAUAAACCCGGGGCAAAUGGGUGAUCCUAACAGGCGAGUGGUCCCGUUUCCUAGUGACGAUGUAAAAAUUCCUCUUGCGAUAGCGAUGGCGAUUCAAGGGUAUAGAGCGCGAACCUAUAGCCUUGCCAAUCCUGCGCCGGCGGUGCAACAACAAUUGGAGCCAUUACAAACACAGACGCAACAGGAGCAAGCUGGACAGACUGCACAGGGAUUAGUCACAGUACAGGCACCUGCUAUUCAAUUACAC